AUGAUGCGUACCAUUGGCUUUCUCUCCGAGGAUGAAAAGGCCAAGUACGAGAAGGGACUCGCCGGUCUCUGGAAUGUUCACGACACCGCCGCCCCUGGGUCCAAUGAGCAGAACGAGGCGAAGAAAAAGAUCAGCGAGUUUGGAAGGAUUCUGUGGAAUAAAGUUCAACAACGUCGACAGCAGCAGGCGCAACAGCAGCAGGCACAACAGCAGCAGGCACAACAGCAGCAGGCGCAACAGCAACAGCCGCAGCAGCAGCAGCAGCAGCAGCGGCCGCAGCAACCGGGUCAAAGCCCAGCUAUGCCACCGGCGCAACAGGUUCCCGCUGCCCAGGGAAUGCCUGGUGGCAACAUGGGCAACGCGCCGCCACAAGCCCCCAAAACGGGAACGCAGGGCUCCCCGAGCUCGACGGCCACGGCUCCUCAGGGCAGGACACUACCGCCGCAUAUACUGAGCCACAUAAAUGAAAUCCAGUUCCAGCCCCCUCCCAACAUCCUAGACAAAGACAAGGCUAAGUGGCUUGAUGAUCUGAAGCACCGAUAUGCCAAAGCGAUCCUCUCGAUGGACACGAGCCGUGCGGUCAUUAAAAACAUCGACCAGACACUGCAAGAGCAUCAAUCUCUAUCAGAGGAAGAAAGGAAGAAGUUGGAAGACCGGAGAGUGCAGCUUCAUAAGCAGUACAAUGAGGCUGUUCAAUUUGCUACUGGUGUUCGGAAACAGUAUGCUGCUACUGGCAGCAACCAAAGGCCGGCACAGAACGGCAGUGCCGCCUCCAACGCAACGAACCAGGCGCGCCCACAGACUUCAGGGUCCCAGGCCGUGGUUCAGCCUGGUCAGGGGAUCACAAACGGAGCGGCCGUCGGGUCUCCUGCGAAUUCAAUGCAGAGCUCCACCGCGGUUGUGAAUGCCGCGAUCGAAGCUGCCAAAAAACAGCAGUUGACGGCCGGGCGCAUGGCAGGCGCCCUCCCUGGACCGACUGCGUCACCACACCCGCAAGUGCAGGCGCCGGCAACACCAGCACAAGCGCAACAAUCUCCAGUUACCCAAGCGCCGUUGACACAACCUUCCACCACACAGGUACAACCACAACCACCGACCCAAGGGAAAAUGAACCCCGACACACAACACAUCCCCGCGCCGCUGAACACGGCCAUCGCAGCAACGGCUGCUGGUGGAAUACCAUCGGCGGGAACCCCGACACAGAACUCGGGCCGUAUUCAGACGCCCCAGUCAGCGGCACCGACGACAACUAACUCCAACAUUCGCCCACUUACGCACGCCGCUGCCGUCAACCUGGCGUCGCAACGGCAAGUUUCGAUGGCGAUGCCCGGGAUGCCCAACGCCGGCACGAGCAGCACUCCAGCUUCGGGGCUCGGCGUGCAGGGACAUCCCCACGCGCACCCGCCCCAACAACCUCAGCUCACGCCACAGAGCUUACAGGCUACCAAAAUGCCUAUCCCCAAAGCUCUCCCAGAGAAAGCUACCCAGAUGCCUACUCCCGUCCCGAACAUUGGAGGGAUUGGCGCGGGCCGCCCCACUUACAACGGCGGCGUCAUGAAUCAGCCCGCGUUGCCUAAGACGCCCGCAUACCAGCUCGAGGGCGAGGGUGAGCGCAUCCUUAACAAGAAGAAGUUGGAUGAGCUAGUGCGUCAGGUUUGCGGUGGAACGGCUGAGGGCCAGGACGGGAACCUGCUGACUCCCGAAGUGGAAGAGUCCGUCCUCAACAUGGCUGAUGCGUUUGUCGACAAUGUGCUCCAUCAGGCCUGUCGCAACGCUAAGGAGCGGGGCUCCAAGGUGCUGGAGAUUCGCGAUCUUCAACUUGUUCUGGAGCGAACCUACAAUAUCCGUAUACCUGGCUACUCGAGCGAAGAGCUGCGUACGGUCCGUAAGGUUCAGCCCAACAGCUCGUGGAUAAAGAAGAUGAGCGCCGUGCAAGCGGCCAAGGUGGUCCCAGGGAAGGGGGAUAUCUGA